GUUAGUUAUUAACGACGCUACGGACAAUGCCGAGCAAAGGGCAGCUAUUAUCACCAAGCUGGCCGACCACAUGCGACGCUACGGAGAGCGCUGAGCAAAGGGCAGCUAGUAUCACCAAUCCCCCCUGACGAACACACAAAGUCCUUACUGAGGACGCCGGGCGACACCGGAGAGGCCAACAUGCUCUCGCUCGCCGGGCGACGGCCAGGUGCUCGUCUCUAUGCGCGGGAGGACAAGCCCUCGCACCGCAGCAAGACGACAAGCCCGUCCUACCUCCGUCCCCUGCACCGCUCGUACCGCGUGGAGGCGCUGGGUCCAGACUCGAUUAAACCUUUGGUCGAACUUGGGUUCUGGUCCAAGUCGGUUGAAGUGCGGCGGGACAGCGCCGCAGCCCUAUCAACCUUAGCGCGGAAUCCGGAUAACCUCGGGACGCUAGGACGCUCGGGCGCCCUUGGCGCCACGCUGUCACUGCUGAUUUCCACCGACGACGCCUGCGUGCGCGACGCGACGUUGACGUUGGGCCAACUCGUCCAGUGCGUGGAGCUGGCGGACCGCUUUAUGGAGCGGACCGGGGGGCUCGAGACCGUGCUGGGCCUGCUGCGUUCGCCCGCGCCACGGCCCGCGCUGGUGGUGGUCGCGAAUUUGGCGUGUCAGCGGGGCGCGGCCGACGCGAUCGUCGCACGGGGCGGGCUCCGGCCGCUCGUCGCGCUCUUGCGCGCGCCGCGGCACGACAUUCGCAACGAGGCGGCGGGCGUCGUCGCAGAGCUCGCGCGGCGCGCGCGCGACCGGACGGCGCUCGGCGCGGACGGCGCGGUCGUCCGGGCGGUGCUCGCCCUGCUCGCGGGAGAGUUCACGGACCGCGAGGCGGCCGUCGAGGCCGCAGUCGUCGGGUUCGUCGCCGCGCUCGCGGCCGGGCCGGCCGCCGCGGCCGCACUCAUCGAGCACGGCGGCGUGACCACGCUGUGCGCAAAGCUACGGGAUCAGAGCCCGCCGCUCGAGAUGGUCGCGAAACUGCUCCGAGCCAUCCUGGCCCUCGCAGCGGCGCCCGCCGCGCGCGCGGCGCUGGUGGCCGCCGGCGCGCUCGACGCAGUCGCGGCCUGCGCAUUUGCAGAACUCCCGGCCCGUUACGGCGUAGUGUCACUGUCGGUGCUUGGGCCAGUCGACGGUGCUGCGGGCGGCACGCCGGCGCCGCGCGGCGGGGGCGAGGGGGGCGGCGCGGGCGGCGCGGCCGCGCUCGCGGCCGCGCUCGCCGACCCCCAUGCUGCCCCGCGUCGUGUCGUCGUGACCGCAGUAGAAGUCGUCGACGCUCUCUCGCAGGACGCCGAGGGCGCCGCCGCGGUCGUCGACGCCAGAGUUCUCCCGCACGUCUUGCCGGUGGCAACGGUAACCUUUCGACGCGACAGACGUUUAGGCCGCGCGUCCGCGCAUAUCAUCCGGCGCUGCGCGCUCGCCGCGCGCGACCAGCCAUCCGAGGCUGCGUCGCGCCGCUUGGCGCAUGCGCUCGCUUCCCAAGGAGCGAUCGCUGCGCUGGGUCAUCACUUGGGAAGCAGUGAUUUGGAUUCGCAGUCGUCUUCGGCACACGCCUUGGCUGCCCUCAGCGACGCGCGCGACGUGACCGCCGCGUUGACGCGGCCGGCCGUCCUUACUUCAUUGGUGGCGCUCCUUCACCUCCCGGAGCCCGAGGCGGCAUGUCGGCUAAUCGCAUGCGUCGCCGACAAACCGCGCGCCGCGAGGGUUCUGCUGGACGGCGGCGCCGCGGCUUCGUUGUUGGGGUUGUUGGGGCCCGCCCUGGGCCGGAGCGCCCGCUACGCCGUGGACCUGCUUAACGCUGUACAACGGCUGCUCGAGGCCGCGACGCCUGCCGAGCGCGACGCCGCGGCCCGCCAUGGUGGCCUUCGUGUCGUCCGCCGCGUGGCGAACACCGACCACCCGGCUAGGGCUGCGGCGAAGGGCGUUUUGCGAGCUCUCAAGGAGGAGGCGUCGCUAUUGCUCGUGCAGCUGGCGAUCCUCUCGUUCCUUAGACGCUUCCGCGACCCGGCGUGGCGGCGCAGGUUCCGCGCGCGGCAGAGGCCGAGAAGAGAUGGAUAA